UAUGCAUUUUCUCCCUGUUUACCGGGGAUGGGUUGUGACUUGUACUAAAUAUUCAAAAUGGCGGACAGAGGCUCAGCGAGUCAAGAUGAGCGCUUGAGAGCAGAUUCGACAAGCGCAGCAAGAGAAUCCAGUAAAUCUGCCAUGGAGAAUGGAAUACAUGGAGUCCAAGCUGCUCAAACAAACGGGCUGGACUCGCAGCAGAAACCAAACGGACAAGCAACAAGUGCAAUCAGCAACAUACAGGCACAAGCCUUGCUCCAGCAGUUGAGUCUGAGUUCAGCGCAGCAGCAGCAGUUGUUUCUGCAGCAGGCUCAGCAGAUCCUGGCAGCCGCUGUGCAGCAGCAGCAGACAGCAAACCAGCAGAGCAGCACCACUGGAGCCAACAUCUCUGCAUCUGCUGCUACACCCAUCACCCAGAUCCCCCUCUCUCAGCCUAUCCAGAUCGCACACCAGCUGCAGCCGACGGGUCUUAACCUGCAGCAGUUCGUGUUGGUGCAGCCGGGACAGCUUCAGCCUGCUCAGUUUAUCAUCUCCCCUUCACCUCAAGGCCAGACUGGCCUUCUUCAAGGCCUUCAAGCCCAGAAUCUUCUGACACAACUACCUCAAAGUCAAGCCCACAUCCUGCAGCCUCAGUCCAGCAUUGCUCUGACUACACAGGCAGCGACACCUACACGAAAGAUAGCUGCCAUGCCAUCUGCUGCUCCAACCACAACGAAGCGGGUGGAUGUUCCUCUAGUGGAGGAGGCCAGUGAACUGGAGGAGCUAGAGCAGUUUGCCAAGGCCUUUAAACAGAGAAGGAUUAAACUGGGCUUUACUCAGGGAGACGUUGGCUUGGCCAUGGGAAAGCUGUACGGGAACGACUUUAGCCAGACCACCAUCUCCCGUUUUGAGGCUUUGAACUUGAGCUUCAAGAACAUGUGCAAGCUCAAACCUCUGCUGGAGAAGUGGCUCAAUGACGCAGAAAACAUGACUUCAGAAUCUGCAGUUUCCAGCCCCAGCGACAUGUCCCCAGGCAUUUGUGAGGGUCUAAAUCGACGCCGUAAGAAAAGAACCAGCAUUGAUACCAACAUUCGCAUUGCCUUGGAGAAAAGCUUUCUGGAGCAGAGCCAAAAGCCUACCUCUGAGGAGAUAACAAUGAUCGCAGAUCAGCUCAACAUGGAAAAGGAGGUGGUGAGAGUGUGGUUCUGUAACCGCCGGCAGAAGGAGAAGAGGAUCAACCCCCCGAGCAGCAGCACAUCCAACACCCCCAUCAAAACCGUCUUUACCAACUCCUCCCCGUCAGUGAUAUCCAGUUCAUCAAACACACUGAAUGCCAGUUCAGCACUCUCUCUCAGCACUGCCUCUGUUCCAAACUUCACACUUGCUGGUACAACUCUAGGACCAGUCACCUCAAACACUGCAACAGUCAUCUCUUUGGCACCCGCUGUCGCCACUCCAGCUCCGACUAUGACGUCCCCGUCGCUUACUCCCUCUGCUACAGUAGCAACUCUGACCGCUACAAAACAGGAAGUGGUCAGGACAACAGAGACUGGUUCCACCAUUGCAACAUCAGCUGCACAGGGGCCUGGGCAGUUUGUCAUGUCUCCGGCAGGGCUAGGUGGAGCAAAUCUGGCAGCCAUGGCGGCUGCAGCAGGACUUAACCCAGGGAUUAUUUCACCCUCCCAGCUAACACAGGGGGGAGCAUUGUUAAGCUUAGCUCCAGCAUCUCUUGGCAAUGCUCUGACUCCUACAGCACUGAUGAACAACACCACACUGGCCACUAUUCAGGCUCUUGCAUCUGGGGGGGCGUUACCCAUAACCUCUUUUGAUGGAAACGGCAACGUGCUCUUUGCCAACACCAGCGCAGGAGGUCCCAUUCUGUUCAACUCACCCCUGUCUCUGCUUCCCACCGGUGUGCUUUCAGCGGGCGGAGCUGGGGGCGGGGCUCUCAACCUACAGGUUACUGGUGAUGCGCACCAGAGCGCUAUGCCAGUCAAAAGCAUCACUGUGGCCUCCAAGGCGCAAUGAACACGUUUUGCUUCUUCCCUCGCUCUUUAGACUUUAUUUAAUCCCUUUGCUACUACCAAAUAUUGAGACGUUUUAUUAUAACUACGAAUUUUUAUCCUUGCGCCAGGAGACUUUGUUACUUUUUUUUGGACAAACCAACUGUCUGUCUUCUCAGUCGUUUUAAAGCCUUCAUGGAAACUAUUUGAUGAUAUAGUUGUACUGAUUUUGGAGCAUGCUGAGGAAGCAGUUGGAAUCCUUCUUGACUUUAUUUUUGCAUGGGUUGUGGGAUUUAUUAUUUUUUUUUCUUCUUCCUGAAUUCAAACUUUUUUAAAAAAAAAAAAAAAAAGAAAGAAAGAAAAGGAAAAAAAAAACACAAAAAAAGAAAUUUUUGACUGAACCAAAAAUGUGAGCUUUUGAUAUCACGUUAAUCGUCCUUUAAAUGAGAUUACUGAGCACAAAGGAGUUUCUGUUCACUUCGUGCACGGUUCAUUUUAUUUCUGGGUCUGUUGUGCAGGUCCGUAUUUCAGAUUUAUAACCAAGAUCAUUGCAUAUAUUUUAUGGUUUUAAGUUAGAUAUGUUUACUACAAGUUGUGUCUCAGUAGAUGUUUUUAGGAGGCUUUAAAAAAAAAAAAACAACAACAACAAAAAAACAUAUUGUUCUAACUAAUGUAUCACUUUAUGAACACGGUUAGAAGGCUUUAAAACUAGUAAUAAAUCUGAGGCUCUGAUUUAAAGAUGGGUCUCGUUACGAGCAGUGCAA